AUGUCAAUAAAGAUAAAUAAAGAUGAGAGUAAGCGGGUGCACGUGUGGAUAAGGAGUGCCAUUGGCACGCCCAACAGGAGGCAAUACAAACAUAAGAAUAUUAUGUAUCCGUAUUUUCGCAUGUACAAGUCACCAUACAGAGCGCGAGAUUCGCGGACUCGACAGGCAUUCUGGCCAUGUGUUGACAAGUACCCAUGGCACACCCAUCAGAAAAGGUGGGUAAAACCAGAAGAACUGAAUGUAAAAUUCUUUUCCGAGUUUGUUAAUAAGCCGCCGGAUAAGAAGAACCUAUUUGAGACGUGCCACACGCUGCCCUUUAAUGGAGUCAACUGUCUUUUUUGGAACCCCAUUUAUCUAAACAGUCAUAAGUAUAUUGCCAAAUGUAGUAAAGCGAAGCAGGCGGAUGGAGAAGACACAGCGGAGGAGAAGGACGACGUGGACCGUGACGAACACCCUUCCGAGGAGUCCACACCGGUAGGGGGUGAUGCAAAAAAAAAGGUGAUAAGGAUAAGCAACUUCCACUACAUUGUGCAUAGCGAGGUCAAAAAUAACCUUUAUUUUUACCUCAAGGGUAUCCGCUACAGUAUGAGGCCCUUCAGAGGAAAAAUAAUUGGAGAUCUCUACAUGAACGAAAGGAAGAUACGAAGCAACAUUUCCACAAAUGGGAUAAUAAAUGGGGAGUGGAAAUAUUCCUUUCCGCAUGUUAAGAUAAGUGAAAAGUUUUCCGACGCGGGGUUAGAUGAGUCUAUCGAGGAGGAAGAAUCCGAGGGGGAGGUACUGGACCAGUUGGUUAUAGCGGAUAAGUUUACCUACCGCCCUCCCCUGCCCAGGUGCUUUAGCGGGCCAUGA